AGAAUUUAUGGAUAACCAAAGCAAUGCUCUUCUUGGCUGGGCUUACUAUUCUCAUGGAAAGACAACAGAUGACUUAAGACAGUCUCUACUGUACACAACACUAGAGCUCGAACAAACAAAGAUGUUUGCUCAUGAGGAAAUUAGGAAAAAAGAUGAACAACUGAACCAUCUUAAAGACAUCUUAAACAAAACCAUCAAAGAAAGAGACGAAGCUCUCGAGAAAUGUCAGCGUCACAUGUUUGAUAAUAUCUCGCUUCAACAACAACAACAACAACAGCAGCAAAAGCAUAUGACUCCUCCUUUAUCAGGAGCUUCCAGCAUUGAAGACGAAACAUUGCAGCCACAACAACUAGCAUCCAACAAGAGUUUCUCAUCCUCUGAUUGCGAAGAGAGCUUUAUGUCACCCACUGAUCAUGUCAUGACCCCACCACCAUCUCAGCUUGAAGAAGUCAUUAUGGAUCCAUUGUUUCCAGACAAGCCAUUGCCUGAAAAGGGUAAGCUUUUACAAGCUGUUAUGAAAGCAGGGCCUUUGCUUCAAACACUCCUCUUAGCUGGUCCAUUACCUCAAUGGCGCCACCCACCACCGCCUCUCAAGACUUUCGAGAUCCCUCCUGUCACUGUCCAAUGCCCAAUUGUCAACAAUGGGUGUGGGAAAUUCAACAGGAAAAGAGUUUUCUCAGAUGGGUCAUAUUCGGAAACUAAGUAUCAGAAAGUUCUUUUCCACUGACCAAAAGUUCUGGCUGCUGAUCUAUAUUCUUAGUCAAGUUAUUAGUACUAAUAGUCAUCUAAUAUACCAUUACAUAUGUCAAUUUUCAGGAUUAAUCCCACUUAGUAGGGUUCAAGUGGGAGUGAUCUUUUGUACGUUAGUCAUGCUCCAUUGUGGGAGACUCAGUCUGAUCCAUUUAGGGUUUAGAUUUAGACUGGUGGGAAAGAAAGACAAAUUAAAAAAAAAAACUCCCCUGGUUUAACCUCCAACUCAAUGGAGAGUGAUACUAUGUGAGAGAGUUUGCUAUUUUACUUCUUUCUCUAGGGAUGCUUGCUGUGUUUUUAUUUGUG